AUCCAAAACAUAAUUAGUAUAACGAUACUACUACUAACCGACUGGACUAGAUUAUUCUACUUGAUAUAUCCUCUCGAGAACUAUUGCUGCCGCUACUCGUUUCAUAUCUCCGUCUCCGGCUCGAUCCGCCAAGUAGAGUAAGCAGGUAUCUCCGAGCAUCUUGACAUCGCUUCUUUCCUGCUUCUGUUUCCUUUGACCUUAUUACAGAGGGAGGACUCAUCAUUCUUCUUUCUCUUCUACUUUUUUUCAUGUUUAUUUUGGGGUUUAGGGUUUUAGAAGUUUGAUCGAUCUGUUAUUAUAACUUUGGUUUCAAUCGAUCUGGGUGUCCAUUUGCUUUUCGAUGUUUAGGAUUUUCUGUGCUUAUUUGAAUCACCUUGUAUCUUGUAUUUCUCCUUGUAAUUUAGCACAUCAUCUGCACUGCAGCAAUGACUAAAAAGAAGAAUCCUAAUGUUUUCUUGGAUGUAUCAAUUGGUGGGGAUCCCGUUCAACGGAUUGUCAUUGAGCUUUUUGCUGAUGUUGUCCCCAAGACAGCGGAAAACUUCCGUGCCCUCUGCACAGGUGAGGCGGGCGUUGGAAAGUCCACUGGGAAGCCUCUACAUUUCAAAGGAUCAUCUUUCCAUCGGGUUAUCAAAGGAUUCAUGGCUCAGGGUGGUGAUUUUUCCAAUGGGAAUGGCACUGGUGGGGAGAGCAUCUAUGGUGGGAAGUUUUCAGAUGAGAACUUUAGAUUGGACCAUGAUGGAGCUGGAGUCCUUUCAAUGGCAAAUUGUGGCCCAAAUACCAACGGGUCCCAAUUUUUUAUACUUUUUAAACGCCAACCACAUCUUGAUGGGAAGCAUGUUGUAUUUGGCAAAGUCGUUGAAGGGAUGGCAGUAAUCAAGAAAAUGGAACUUGUGGGGACGAGUGAUGGGAAACCUACUAGCCCAGUCAAAAUAAUAGACUGUGGUGAAACGUCUCAGAUAAGAGCACAUGAUGCUGCUGAAAGAGAAAAAGGGAAAUCGAAAAAAUCAAACAAGAACUUUUCUCCUGGUGACGUAUCUGACCGUGAAGCUAAGGAGACACGCAAAAAAGAAUCUAACGAGAAAAGGAUAAAACGAAAAAGAAGAUACUCUUCGUCAGAUUCAUAUAGCUCAAGUUCCGACUCAGAUUCAGAUUCGGAAUCAGAAGCAUAUUCAUCUUCCUCCUAUGAGUCUAGUUCUUCCAGUGAUGGGAAGCAUAGGAAGAGGAAGUCAACAACAAGACACAAAGGCCGACGCGGGGAAAGAAAGAGUAAAGGACGAAGCGGGAAAAAGAAAGCUCGGCCAGAUAGAAAACCAAGCACGAAUAGUUCAAGUGACACGGAGAGUAGCAGCAGUUCUGAUGAUGAGAAAGUGGGCCACAAAGCCAUAAAGUCAGUGAAAGUUGAUAACGCUGAUCAACACGCCAACUUGGAUGACUCAGUGAAAUCAAGGAGCAGGAGCCCAAUUCGUAGGAGAAACCAAAACAGCAGGAGCAAAAGUCCUAGUAGGAGCCCUGUGAGAGUUCUUGGAAAUGGAAACAGAAGUCCUAGUAGGAGCCCUGUGAGAGAUCUUGGAAAUGGAAGCAGAAGUCCUCGUGAGAAGCCAACAGAGGAAACUGUGGGGAAAUCUUUCAGAAGCCCAUCUCCAAGUGGUGUGCCCAAGCGCAUCCGAAAGGGGCGUGGGUUCACCGAACGCUAUUCCUUUGCUCGGAAGUACCAUACUCCUUCUCCUGAGCGUUCUCCUCCUAGACAUUGGCCUGACAGAAGAAACUUUCAGGAUAGGAACAGGGAUAGGUAUCCGAGCAACAGAAGUUACUCUGAGCGCUCACCGAGGGGACGCUUUAGAAGCCCACCCAGAAGAAGGAGCCCUCCAAGGUACAACCGGAGGAGAAGGAGCACUUCUCGGAGUCCAGAUGGGUACCGUAGACGAUUGAGAGACGGAAGCAGGAGCCAGAGUCCGAGGCAUCGUAGCCGUAGCCAGAGCCCUAGAAAGAGGCAGCCAAUUAGCCAAGACCUGAAAUCCCGUCUCGGGCCACAGAGAUCCCCCAUCAGAGGAGGACGCACCUCUCCUGCAGAAUCACUCAGCCCUUCUCACUCACCUUCUCCACCAGGAAAGAGAGGUCUGGUUAGCUAUGCGGAUUGA